AAGGCUGUGUGUAAAUAUGGCCAAAGCGAAGCGGGGCCAAAAGGCCAAAGCUAAAAAGCCCAGACAGAGCUCGCCGAGUGAGAACGAAGAUGGCCCCACCGAUGCAUCCAAAAGGUUCAACAUGGCUGUGAAGCAGGAGGAUGGAGACUUUGCUCCCCAGCAGAUGGGGAGGAAGAGGAAGAGGCAGGACGUGCCGUCUGCCUCUGCCAUGGUUCAGAAAAAGACGACAUUAAAAAAGGAGGAUGGUGAGGUAAGCUCGGGGACACCAAGGAAGAGGGUCAAGAAGGAGGCUGAAGAGAAGAAGAUUGAGGAGGAAGAAGAGGGGCCCACUGUCUCUACCAAGCGGAAGAGGACCAAGAAAGAGAUUGAGGAGAAGGAAGAGGGGAACACCGUCUCUACCAAGCGGAAGAGGACCAAGAAAGAGAUUGAGGAGAAGGAAGAGGGGAACACAGUCUCUACCAAGCAGAAGAGGACCAAGAAAGAGAUUGAGGAGGCGCGAGCUCUGAAGAUUAAGAAGAAGGAGGAAGAGGAGCAGCAACGUUGGAGAUGGUGGGAGGAGGAGAAAUAUGAGUACGGGGUAAAGUGGAAGGUUCUAGAACAUAAAGGACCGUGGUUCCCUCCUGAGUACCAGCCCCUGCCUAAGGAUGUUCGUUUUUACUACGACGGUCAGGAGGUGAACCUGAGCCCUGCAGCCGAGGAGGUGGCUCUGUUCUUCGCCCAGAUGCUGGACCACGAGUACACCACUAAAGAGGUGUUCCGAAACAACUUCUUCAAGGACUGGAGAAAGGAAAUGACCCACAAGGAGCGUGUACUGAUCCAGGACCUGAAUAAGUGUGACUUCGGGGAACUCCACAACAUGCAUAAGCAAAAGGUGGAGGCCAGGAAGAGCAUUACCAAGGAAGAGAAACUGGUGAUCAAAGAAGCCAACCAGAAGAUCGUGGAGGAGUACGGCUUCUGCCUGCUCGACCACCACAGAGAGCGCAUCGGCAACUUCAAGAUUGAGCCCCCGAGCCUCUUCAGGGGGCGUGGGGAGCACCCCAAGCAGGGCCAGCUCAAGAAGAGGAUCUGGCCCGAAGACGUCAUCAUCAACUGCAGCAAAGAAUCUCGCAUCCCAGAGCCCCCAAAAGGUCACCACUGGAAGGAGGUUCGCCAUGACAACGGGGUGACGUGGCUGGCCAGCUGGACAGAGAACAUUCAGGGCUCCGUUAAAUACAUCAUGCUCAACGCCAACUCCAAACUCAAGGGGGAGAAGGACUGGGAGAAGUACGAGGUGGCCCGGAGACUGAAGAGCUGUGUGGCUAGCAUUCGCCAGCACUACCAGGAAGACCUCAAGUCCAAACAGAUGGCCACCCGCCAGAGAGCCGUGGCCCUCUACUUCAUCGACAAGCUGGCUCUGAGAGCGGGUAAUGAGAAGGAGGAAGGAGAGACGGCUGACACGGUAGGCUGCUGUUCUCUCCGGGUGGAACACCUCACCCUCCACGACCACCUGGAGGGGGAUGACUGGGUGGUGGAGUUUGACUUCCUGGGUAAAGAUUGUAUCCGCUACUACAACAAGGUCCCAGUCACCAAGAAGGUGUUUAAAAACUUGAAGCUGUUCAUGGAAAAUAAGCAGGGAGGUGACGAUGUCUUCGACCGCCUCAAUACAGGCUUGUUGAACAAGCACUUGAGUUCCCUGAUGCCAGGCCUGACUGCCAAGGUGUUCAGGACAUACAACGCCUCAGUCACCCUGCAACAGCAGCUCAGAGAGCUCUCCAACAUGACAAACAACCAGGCAGAGAAGAUGCUCUCCUACAACAGAGCCAACCGUGCAGUCGCAAUACUCUGCAACCACCAGCGGGCACCGCCAAAGAGCUUCGACCAGUCCAUGGCCAACCUACAGACUAAGAUUGAUGCCAGGAGGGAGCAGCUGGUCCUGGCCAAGACUAAUCUGAAGGAGGCCAAGAAGGAGGCCAAGUCCAGCUCAGACCCCAAGUUGCAGACGGUGGUGGAGCGCAAGAAGAAGGCUGUGGAGCGCUGUGAAGAGCAGCUGUUGAGGAUGGAGGUGCAGGCGACAGACAGGGAGGAGAACAAGCAGAUCGCUCUGGGCACCUCCAAACUCAACUACCUGGACCCACGCAUCAGUGUGGCCUGGUGUAAGAACAUGGAGGUCCCCCUGGACAAGAUUUACAACAAGUCUCAGAGAGACAAGUUUGCCUGGGCCGUAGACAUGACCGAGAGAGACUUCCAGUUUUAACCCUGCCCUCCACCUGUCUGCAGACCCGGGUUAUUUGAACAGAAGUUGAAGAGGUUUUACCUGUGAAUGUAUUUUUUGUACACAUGGUUCUUAACAUUGUUUUUUCAUUAUUGAUUCUUUUAUAAAGAAUGGUUGUUCACCAUUUGGUUCAUGUUAAUAUCGUUUUGUAUUUUAGUGUUUCCAGUCAAAACAAAUUUGUAUGUACAUAUAUAUUCUUGAUUCAAAUAAAAAUGUAUUUGCAAUA